AUGACUGCCUCUGGCUUCUACACUUCGCUCCCCAAAGAUGACAAUUAUCGGCGUGGCUCGACCCAAACACAACCGUCGAAAUGCUGCGGCCUGGAAGCAGCCUUGUCUACACGUAUUUUACGUUGGGCUGUCAUACUCCUUAUUGCGACCUCCAUCUUUGACGCCAUGGUCUUCGCCUAUAUCGCGAUUCAUGUCUUGACAGACCUUCCCUCGCUCAACGACCCUAGAACCGAGAACACUUUCCGAAGCACAUAUAUAAACUUCGACAAAAUUUACAUGGGCACGAACGUGUCGACCCCGAAACACCGCCCUAUCAUCAAUCUCCCACGAACAUCCAUCCAAGUAUCCUCUUCAGAACCCUACAAAGUCUUCUCUCCGAGCAACCUUUCAUGGCCAGAAGCUCAUGGCUUCGUUCCUAUAAGCGAUCAACGGUUCUUCGUGGACGAGACGGUGGGCUAUCUAUGA